AUGGUCUCUCCAUCGAUAUGCGGCGGCUUUCUCAACAACCGCAAGGCAAUGGUUGCCUUCAGCUGGGCCAUCGCUACAGCUCUGAACAUAUUUGGCAUAGUUUGUGCGUGUAUGUUUCUGAUCCAAAUCGAGUCACGAUUUCGCCGUUUGGAACGAUACUAUGAGAGCGACGAAUGGUUGUACCAAUACCAAUACAACCAAAACCAGGGAGACGAUGUAGACGAAAACCGGGCUUACGAGGAGGCUGAAGAAUCCCAGCAACAACAUAUUCUGCUGGCCACAACCAGUACUCAAUCGAUUGCUUGGGUAGCCUUGUACGUGUUGCUACUUUCAGGAGGUUUGGUAUUCUACGGUUCAACGGCCGUCAUUGGAUUUACGUCGUUGAAUGGGAAGUACAUUGCACCUUGUUUCUCGUCAGGUUCAGAAAAGCUGCGACUCGGCAUUUUUGGUGGAGCAGUUGUCGUCUUUUCCAACUUGUUACUCUUAAUGGCUGUCAUUUUGGGGGAAGUCCGUGUCGUGGACGGCCAGGAACGAAGGGGAGAAGGAGACGAACAGCAACACAACAAUUCGGAAGAUAGAAAGCAAUAUCGCGUGGAGCGAAUUGCUGCUGUUUUGGCUGUCACUUGCAUGUUCUUGUCGGCAUUGUAUACAAUAUUUGCAGUACUUCUGUUUCUGUCUUAUGCUGGAGAACAAGCGCCAAAAAGACCCGAAGAACUUGCCGAUGGCGAGGGAACAAGACCAGGAAACAAGACUCCUCUGGUCAAUGAUAACAGGACGAUACCAACGCUGUCCUCGAAUCCAGGCUUUAUCACAAUAGAUCACUCCAAUUGA